AAGGAAGACUUCCUCUCAAGCAAACUUGGGAAGUUAACCAUGCAGCAAAGUCCCGCCUUAAACGCCAACACACGCUGUUCUCAUUGGCUCUCACCCUUGUCAAUCACUUAUAUCCCAAGCGACGUCAGCAGCAGGCAACUACACCACACCGGGGCUGAGGAGUGGGAGACGAAGAGCAAUCAGCACCACCAGGAAAAAAAAAAAUACCAGGAGCGAUAAAAAAAAAUGUACGGACUACAAGGGAACAUCUGACUGUCAGUGUUGGAGCAUUUUGAAGGCGACGUUUUUCCCUAUCUUGAUACAUGAAGGUCUUCUGUCAGGCUGAGCUUUCUGGUUUUUCGCCAGUUGGCUGCAAUUCCAGGGAUGGCUAGCUAAGCUAACCUAGCUAGCUAACAAUUAGCCUGCCCAUUUAGCUUCCACUGGUCACUGGGUGCAACAGGAUAACUGCUCUGAACGUGAUACUAAAGCAUUGUUCUUCAGCUGGAUUGACACAAUAGCUAUCAAUCGUCGAGUGCUAGAGACAACAGGGAUAUAGUUUCUGUGUGUUCCGUAGAUGGACAGUUUUACGGUGCGCUCAUUGUCGCUACGCGGGCGUACAGUGAUGGUUUCGGGGCGGCUAGCCUUCUACUCGGCCGGGCGACCAGCGGAGGGAUUGUACAAAUGUGGCAGCCUGUAGUGUCCCACUGUCUCUGGGACCGAAGUCUGUAGUUUUGAAAUAAAAUACUGCUUAUAUAUUUUGGAUGAGUGUUAGAUUUGCUGGCUAAGGAUUAUAAAAGUAUUUGUACGUUGAAAAUUAAUCAACUUGUUAGCUUGGUCCUUAGCUUACGAGCUACUUUCCCAAACUAAAUCCAGCUGUUUGUUUUUUUGGGAAAGUGCAUCAAGUAUUUUUCACACCUGUGAAGACCCAUCUGAUAUGUUUGCAGACAUGUUGCAUUGCAUAUUUUCUGUGAUCAGCUGUCAGCUCCUGUAACCUGAGGAUUGGCACGAGACUUUGACUAAGCUGUCAAAAAUAUUUUGACACUUGACAGCAGUUUUUACCCUGAAGAAAGGAAGGCCGGAUUCUGCAGCAAGCUCCAUUAUCAGCGUUUUGGAUAAUACUUGUUGAGUGUCGGACAUAUUUUUGAUAUUUGCUGUUAGGUGUAACCCGGCGCCCCUUGUCAGACGGGCUUUUCAGCUCAUGCGGUGAUGACUUUAGACUCCAUGAUGGCUUGUUGCCUGAGUGAAGAGGCGAAGGAGUCCAAACGAAUCAACGCUGAGAUCGAGAAACAACUCCGGCGAGACAAGAGGGAUGCGAGGAGGGAGCUGAAGCUGCUUCUGCUGGGUACUGGAGAGAGUGGCAAGAGCACCUUCAUCAAGCAGAUGAGAAUAAUCCACGGGUCCGGCUACACAGAUGAGGAUAAGAAGGGCUUCACCAAACUGGUCUACCAGAACAUCUUCACCUCGAUGCAGGCCAUGAUCCGGGCAACGGAGAACCUCAAGAUCCCGUUCAAGUACGAGCAGAACAAGAGUAAUGCCCUGGUGGUGCGUGAGGUGGACGUGGAGAAGGUCUGCUCCUUCGAGCAGCCGUACACCAGUGCCAUAAAGAUGCUGUGGACGGACCCUGGCAUCCAGGAGGCCUACGACCGCAGGAGAGAGUACCAGCUCUCUGACUCUACCAAAUAUUACCUUAACGCUUUAGAUCGAAUAGCGACAGCGGGGUACAUGCCCACUCAGCAGGACGUGCUGCGGAUCCGAGUGCCCACCACCGGCAUCAUCGAGUACCCCUUUGACCUGGAGAAUAUUAUCUUCGGCUAUCUAAGUGAUCUGGAUCGUAUUGCUGAACCGUGCUAUCUACCGACCCAACAGGACGUGCUUAGGGUUCGAAUCCCAACCACUGGGAUCAUAGAAUACCCUUUCGACUUGCAAAGCAUCAUUUUCAGGAUGGUGGAUGUGGGGGGUCAGAGGUCAGAGAGGAGGAAGUGGAUCCACUGCUUUGAGAACGUCACCUCCAUCAUGUUUCUGGUGGCGCUCAGCGAGUACGACCAAGUCCUGGUGGAGUCCGACAACGAGAAUCGUAUGGAGGAGAGUAAAGCUCUGUUCAGGACCAUCAUCACAUAUCCGUGGUUCCAAAACUCCUCCGUCAUCCUCUUCCUCAACAAGAAGGACCUGCUGGAGGAGAAGAUCAUGUACUCGCACCUGGUCGACUACUUCCCUGAGUUCGAUGGUCCUCAGCGGGACGCCCAGGCGGGCCGGGAGUUCAUCCUGAAGAUGUUUGUGGACUUGAACCCCGACAGCGACAAGAUCAUCUACUCCCACUUCACCUGCGCCACCGACACGGAGAACAUCCGCUUCGUCUUCGCCGCCGUCAAAGACACCAUCCUGCAGCUCAACCUCAAAGAAUACAACCUGGUGUGAGGAGAGAAGGAGAGCGAAAGAGAGAGAGAGGAGAGAGAGAGAGAGAGAGAGAGUGACCUGCAGCCCCCCCCCCACACACACAAUGCAGAGUCCACUUCUACAGACACACACAUCUGCAUGAAACACACUUCACUCUAGCAGACCAACACUACACAUGUCCUGUCCUUACUUUCACAUUUUUGUAUCUGUUUUGUGGUUCCGCUUGUACAAACCCAAAUACAACUCUCCCAUUUGUCCCCUUUUUUAGGGUUUUUCCUGGACACGGCUCACAUUAUUUCUUUUACACUACAUUAUCACCAGUGCUUGUGUGUUGCAGGUGGGUCGAGGCUUCUCUGGGUAGAUUUGAUGGAAAAAGGGCUCUCUCCCCUUGUUCUUAUUUAACCCGUGCAUGUUAUACACUACAGAGGAGGGCCGGCUGCAGACCCUGGGUCACUAAUUACGAUAAUAGGAAUAUAUUAUCACGCAGUGCGGGGGUGCAGUGAGGUACUUGCUUUUCCCGGGUCUUGUUUUCUUUCCUUUUUGCCCCAAAUCAGAGCACAGAAGCUCUGUUGAAUGUAAAUAAAGUUGUCAUGCUGCUCACACAGAGUGAGGGCUGCACAGAGACGAUUCUCUGUACACUUUUUCAGCUUCUUCUUAGCGAUAAUAUAUCUGCUUUUCUGCAAUUACAUUUAAAUUGAAGAUGACUACUCGAAGGUAUACUCCAUUUACACUACCCCUCGUUUCAAACAUGCAUUACAACACACAGAAUUAAGAGACAACACUAGUGGUUUUCACAUACUGUAUAUCAUCACAUUGACAAAUUACAAACGCCUCCUUUUGUUUCUGUAAAUAUAUUUGCCAGUAUCCUGUUCGUCCUUUACGCGGCUCAGAUGCUAACACAAUUUGGAAACUGGUAUUGCCAAAAUGAAGUGCUUGAAUAAUUAAUAUGUAGAUGGCAUAACGGCUCACUUUGUGUGGCAUUUUUUUACGUCGACUUGUCUGAAUCACAAAUGUAUUAGUACUGUAAUUUAUUUUCUAUGUUCCCUUUUUGAAGGUGAGAAUAAUCUUCCUGUGCACAACGAGCGAGUGAUGACACCAGAUUGGAGCAGUGCAAUAGUCUGUUGUCGAGGAAACAACGCGCUCACACUUAGCUUAAAUCACCAGUUGGUCUUGAUCAUGCUUUUUCUCCCUAAUCAACUCUUUCCUUUGCCAUAUUAUUCAGCCAACAUUUGAUAACGGAUAGCAAGAGAGUAAACAGUUCUUUUUUUGUACGUCUAAUUUAUCAGAUCUAAGUGUUGUCGGUACAGUAAGUGAGACUUCCUCCCUAGUUUCAGCUUUUUCCAACCAAUGAGACGGGAGGAGAUUUUAUACUGCUGUAAAAAAAACUAUUUUAUGGACAAGUGUUCUAUCUUUAUAACGAUACUUCAUAUAUUCAGUUGUUGCAGUUCUGUUUUGAAACGCUUGACAAUGGGGAAAAGAAAACACUGUUUCCAUGUCGGGUUUGUGCUUUAUGCAAAUAGGAAAAAGAAAGAUAAAAACGUAGUGGUUGGAUAUUUACUGUCGAAGAUGCUUGCUUUGUUUUGUGGUAAUUCUUACGGAUAUGUGUUGGCUUAUUGGUUCCAAUCCCAUAUCGUGUCUCUUGCCUGGUCGUUGUUCUAAUAUUUCCAUUAAGCUGUUAGAUGGCUAUUUUUUGUCUUCACAAUGUAAUUCAGGUAAGUUUUCAUAACUUUUUCAUCACAAGGGCUACUACUAGCAGCUUUGGUAGACAUGAAAGGACUCUAUGGACGGCAUAGAGCAAAAGGUGCAAUUAAUUAAUUAACGAGGGGCUUUAAAUCAAGAGUGUGUUCAGGUUCAUUGAAGGAGAGUGUGGGGGAGGGGGAGGGGGGGGGGGGUGCAGCAGUCCUUUCUUUGCUAUCUUCUGGCCUAUUUAGAGGAGAAGAAGUAGGGUUUCCCAAGGUGCAAUAGCACGUUUUUUUAGCGUCAUGCCGAAUCUAACCAUCCUCUUACACUUACAUGGAUUAUGUGCUGAUUUUCUUGGCUUUCUAAUAUUUUUCCACUAUGUGGCAUGUCUUCUAAUUUGUAGUGUUUCGCAUUGGUUGAAGGGCAGUGUUUUUUUGGAUUACAGAUCCAUCCGUACCCCCUCUGUGUAAAUUAAAUUGUUUGCCAAAAGGUUUACAAAUGAAUAUACAUCGUAUUUUCUACAAAAAGGUAGUAUGAUCUGAAAAGUUCUAGAGACAUUCACUCACCCUGUGUAUUGCUUAUGAUUGAUUUUAGUCCCGUGCACCCAGUGAGAGUAAUCUUCUCUGGUGCAGAUGUGUAAAUGAUGUUGUUAAAUCUUUCUAAGACACAUUAAUGAAGAAGGGAUGUUUAUGCUAAGUGCCAUUCUAUGAGUUGAAAAAAUGUUGGAGAGGUUUCUGACUUUGACGUGAAUUUCUGAUGAGAUCUUGUUUUUCCAUCUUGUAUUUGUAGUGGGUUAAUCUUCGGUGCUUCAGCCGACAUUUAAACGCCUUCUUGUCCAGGUUGACGCUUCUUACACUUCCUCGCUGACAGACAGUCAUCUUGUGGGUGUCACUUUUGUUUGAAAUGAAGAGCUUGUGCAUGUUUGUCAGUCGAUUAAACCAGUCGAGUUUGGAAAGGAGUAUUGUGUUUUGCUUCACUGCUGGGAUGACAUGUCUGUGUGGUUUUAAAACCCUCAGCUUGGCUUUCAGGUGGCACACUUCAAGGGCAGGAGUGUGUGUGUGUGUGUGUGUAUCCUCUUGUAGAUGAGAUGUUGCAACAAAUGGAUUUGAAUGGACUGCUAUGAGAGCGAUAAACAAAGUGGUCCCACUAUGGGGACCAGUGUUGGCAGGAUGUCGUACUCUUUUAAAAAAAACUUUGCAUCAGUUUUAACAACCUUAUGCAAGGACAGACAAAGACAAACGUCACAUUUUUUACUCGACCAGUGAUACGAGCAGAGCUGGGUCGUUUAUUUGAAAUUCUUUCCAUUGACUUCCACUGAUUUGCUUUAAUCUGCAUUAAUUCAGCAAACCGUAAUCAUUAUUUGGCAACUAGACAACUAUUUUGAUAAUUGAGGAGUCUGUUAGAGUUGUUUUUUUACACAAAAAGUCAAAAAUCUUGGACUCAAAACGUCUUAAAUGUUAACAUCUUGUGAUUUAUUUACUUCUCUACGACAUAACAUUUGAAUUUCUUUGAGUUGUGGAUAAAGCAAGACAUUUGAGGAGGUAAUCGCAGGCAUCAGGAAACAUUUUUCACCCUUUUCUGACAUUUAAAAAACAAGACGACUAAUUGAUUCAUCGAGGAAAAUAAAAAUGCUCUUGAGUUGCAUCCCGGUUGUGUGUUAUUUAGAAGGUUUUUAUGAAAUGUAAGUAGUACACAGUGCCAAACAACAUCCGACACAGAAAAGAUACGAAAUAUUCCUAAUUCACUUUUACAUUUUGGUGUCUUUUCUUUUCCAAAUGAAGCUUGUGUGUUAAGCCUCAGUAUUACUGUAUUUAUUGAAAGACUUGCCAUGUGAAGGUACUGAAAUGACCAUUAUGUAAUAUGUUGGUGGUUGUAAUCGGUAGAAUUAAUACUCUGUGUUUACAUGUCCGCCAUUCUCCGCUCUCUUUCCCUGAUUUACUUUAUUGGACUGUGUAUCUUUCCCCGGGUCGAAGGCACUGAAGCUGCACCGCUGCAUUCAUGCAACUUAGACGUCCGUUAAAGCACUCGUUGGUACUCCGAGGUGUGUGUGUGCGUGUGUAUGUAUGUGUACACUUUUGAUGGCUAUUGCUUAAGCUUGAGAUCCAUUCUGAUUAGAGGGAUGGACAUACGGUGAUAUUAAAAAGCUAUCUUUGCAUAUUUUUGUUUCUUUUGUGAGGUUAACACACCUUAACACGUGUAUUUAGGACCACUUAAGAUGACAGACUUUUUUAAAAGAGUAAAAAAUAAACUUUGUGUAGUGGUGUACAAAUUGAAAGUAAUGUGUUUUUGUUUGAUUUUUUUUUUUCUUCUUUCUCUUUUCUUUUUUUUAAGUAUACCAAAUGUAAAUUAUGUACAAUGAGUGUGCCAAUCCCCUUUCUUUGUAAAGCCAGACUCUUGACAAGUGCCAAUGUUGUGAAAAAUCAAAGGGCCGGUGAAUUUCAUGGUCCAGUUUUUAAAACAAAUAAACACAUGUGAUUAAUUAACAAAAAAAAAGGACAAUUUUAUUCUAUAUUUAAGAUUAAUGAUGAACUGCUGUUUUUAAGAUAAAUGUCAUUUUACUGCAUGUGUUUGUCAGGUUGGGGGGGGGGGGGGAGUGGGGGGGUGAGAUACUGUAUUCAUGCAACGCCCUCAUGAAAAAGGGUCCUAAUGGUUAUUGAUUUACAGUAUUUUAGCCAUAUUUCUCUUUUGUAUGUUUCAUUUCAACCACUGUUGCCUGAACCUCAUUCAAACAUGAAAAUGAUUUUCAUAGCCUUCUCCUUUAAAUGUUUUAAAUUGGAAUAAAAUAUGUUCCUAUACUCUC